GAGGCUGCCUCACGGUCUUCCUCUCCUUCUCGUUCUCAAAGAUAAGAUGAGGAGGGGAAAAAGAAAAGCGGAGGCAGAGCUAAGCUGGGGAGGGGACUGGUCUCGGAAUCUAUCUAUCUAUCUAUCUAUCUAUCUAUCUAUCUAUCGAGGCUUGUUAUCUACGUAGCAGCAGCAGCAGCUCGUGGUCCAUGCCCUGGGCAGUUUGAAGUCGUAUCCUUUCCAGUCUUUGGCCCGCCCGGCAUUUCUCUCUCAAGAUUCGCUACGUAUACAAGAGGAGGGGAAAGGCAUGGAGCGAGGGAGGGACGCUGCUGCGCUGAGUAGAAAGAUAAAGAGGAAUGGAGGAGGUAAGCUUAGCUGCAGUGCAGGGGAAUAACUUGCAGUUCACUUCUUGCAGUGUUAAUCAGCGCAGAUGGUUGCUGCUUCCUUCCUUGCUGAUGCUUUUCUUAAGCCCGGAUUUUGAAAGCUUAAGGAGGAGGGAAGGGGAAGGGGAGGGGGGGCAAAAGCGUGUUUGGAGUGAAUAAAAGUAUUGCAUGGGUGCCACAGAAAGAUUGAGAUUAGGAGAAUCUCAACUCUGCCCUGCGAGAAAAAGCAUCUCCAGCAGCCGGGGCAGACCGCGACUCCUCCUCUAAUCAAUCAAGCAAAGGUUUCAUUAUUUUCAUCUCUGAAUUUCGCAAGAAAAAGAAACACUAGUACAAUUCCUAGUAUGAGUUUCCUACGCCGCUCGAAAGCCCAAACAAAUCUCACCUAAACCCUAUCAAUGAUGAAGUGAAAUGAAAUGGGACGAAACGAAAGCGGCGUUGCUUUGCCGUGGGGGGCAAAACGGCGAGGCCUCGAUCGCAGCCCCUCCUAAUGUUGACCACCAAUUUUCCCUUGAGCAAAAAACUAAUGAUGGCGAUCAUGGAGGGCGUGUAAAUAAUUGCCCGUGUCCACCCGAUUAAAGAAGUGCAAACAGUCAAAUAAUGAUGAGCGGGGUGGGUGCACAAGUUUUACAGCCAGGCAGGCACCUUGAGAAAGCGAGCAUAAACUAAUGCCUGCGAGGGUUGGCAAUGUCAGGGAUGCCUCUUUACGCCUGCUCCUCUCCUCUGCUCCUGCUAUGCUAUGAGCGGUGCGGUGCGGUGCGAUGCCGAGCAAGUAAGUAACCCAGGCGGAGGGGGUCGUAACUGAAGGAAAGCAAAGGUAAACACCAUGAUUAAAGGGCUGUUAACAAAGGAAAGGUAAAGCGGGGACGGUUAAGGUGCCCUAACACAUUUUAAAGCUUGUUAAACAAAACAAAAAACUGGCCGUGGAUGGCGGUGGUGCCCAGUUUGUGACUAGGAGUAGGAGGAGGAGGAGCAGAGGGCUAAAGCGGUUUGUUGCCCCAAUCUCUCUCUCUCUCUCUCUCUGGUUAACCAUGCACAGAAACUAGUAGGGCCUCUCGUGGUGGUGGUGGUCAAGAAGAACUAGUAGUAGUACUAGCAGUGUAGUCCUACAAAUGCCACAAGCCUUUGCCUCCACACUCUCCCUCUAGCUAUGUAAGCAUGGUCUAUGCGUCUCCCUCUUUUCCUAGCUCAUCUUCUUCCUACGCCUCUCGCCGGCACACCUAGCGCCACAAUCUGCAGCGGCCGCCUCUCCUUUUCUUGCCGUUUCUGUCCAUAGCCUCGCUGCCUUAAGAGCUUUUGCCCAUCGCAUUGCCCAUACGGCCCUGCCCGACCAGAGCACUUCGUCUUCCCUCUCGUCUGCCUCUCGGGUUCUUUCGGCCAGCGGAGGAACCCAUUUGCUACGCUUGUUGUUGGAGCAGGCAGCUAGGUAGGAGCCAUGGACAUGAACGAGAGCAGCGAGAAAGGGAUGGAGGGCAAUGGGUCCUCUGGCCCCGGCGGCGGCAUCCCCGUGGAGUGGCAGAGCCAAUUCAGCGGCGGCGGCGGCUUCUCGGCGCACCAUCACCAGCAGCAUCCUCAUAUGAUGGACUCCUUCGCGUCCGGCAUGUGGCCGGCGGCCUCGCAGCACGGCGCGGGGUUCCUGGCGCCGGUGCCCGGCUUCCUCCCGCCGCCUGGCCUCGGGGGCCAUUUCCCGGUGGACUCGGGCUUCAUCGAGCGGGCCGCGCGAUCGUCGUGCUUCGUCGGUCCUGGCUCCGGUGGCGGGAUGAUGGGCGCUGGCGCUUUUGGCGGCGCGGGCGAUCAGCACAUGGGCAGCGCUUUCGGGGAGGGGUACUUGGAUCACCGUAGGAAGGAAGGCGGGGACAAGGCCGAGCCGGAGCUCGCCGGGAGCGGCGGCGUGCCGAGCUCGGAGGCAGCCGGCGGAGACUGCUCGUCCAAAGGGUCCGACUCCAAGAAGAGGAGAAGGCCCAGCGAGGUGAUGGGAGGUGAUCAGGUUCAGUCUUCCAACGUGGCCGCUGACUCCGCAAACGAGAGCGCCCAGAGCAAAGAUAAAGGCGAGGAGAGCAGCCCGGCGACGGGGACGACGACCGGCGGCAAGUCCAAGGGGAAGGGUGCCAAGGAGAGCUCCGAGAAGGAGGACUACAUCCAUGUCCGAGCCCGGCGCGGGCAGGCAACCAACAGCCACAGCCUCGCUGAAAGGCUGAGAAGGGAGAAGAUCAGUGAGAGGAUGAAGCUUCUACAGGACCUUGUUCCCGGCUGCAGCAAGGUCACCGGGAAGGCGGUGAUGCUCGACGAGAUCAUCAACUAUGUUCAGUCCCUGCAAAGACAAGUCGAGUUCUUAUCGAUGAAGCUGGCGACAGUAAACCCGAGGCUUGACCUCAACAUAGAAGGGCUUCUCUCAAAGGAUCUUCUUCGCUUCCCUGGGGUGUCCUCCUCGUCGAUGGGAUUCUCCCCGGAGAUGAUGCACCCGCAGCUGCAGCUGUCGCAGCCGGGGCUGAUGCAGGGAGGCGCCGCCGCCAUGGCGAACUCGGACGUGUUCAGAAGAAUCAUGCAAGCGCAACUAGGAGCAAAAGAUGGAUCCCAUUCACAGAUGGCCCACGCAUUGAAUGGCCCGUUCAGCGAUCACGUUGCGCAGAUGGCGUACCCGUCCAUGGGCUCCUCGCACUCGCACUCGCAGGACCUCAGCAUCAGGCCGUCCCAGGACGCCUACCAAAUGUGAUUGAUGCCAUCGCCAGCCAGCCUCCUGAAGAGCCACCCGGCCCGAGUUUGUUUGUCCAGCUAGCUGGCCUAGGCCUAGCCAUCAAUCAUCUGACCGCCAACGGGACGGGCAGCAGAGCAGAGGCCACAUGCACGAGCAAUAUGACCACUGAAGCUGCUGCCGCCCGUGCGUGCGUGCGUGCGUGCAGUGCACAGCUGGAGCCUUUAACUGCGCCGUGCGUGCGUGGCCGUGUGUAAAUCGAUCCAUGGAUGGAUCGGGCGUGUUCUUGUUGUAUUCGGGGCUGGAACUGGAAAAAGGGGGCCGAGCAGCCCCACGGGGAGAAAUGAAAUCCUGUGGCGUGGAAUGGAUGGGAAUUGUGCUCUGUCUGCAUUUAUGUGUGGCGCACGAGGCGGUGGCAGCAGCUGAUGAAUUGCUGCUGCUGCUGCAGGAUAUCUCGUCUCAUGAUGCAAUGCGGGGGGUUUGUGUUGGGUAGAAUUUGUUCCGUGUGA